ACAGCAGCAGCUGUGUGGACAGACGGAGGUCCGGGGCCGAUCGGACUUGGGGGGCGCAUUGGGGCGUGGAGGAGCCGGCACAAAAAGCGCCGCUUUCGCGCAGAUCGGCUGCUUUUUUUAAUAGGGGUCCUCCUUCUGCUUAGCCAUGGACAUCUGCGACCAAGCUUGGGGGAUUUAUUAAGCCAGGGACGGGGGCGCUUUUUGUUGAGGAGUCCCUUCGUCACAUUUACUGCUUCACUUUUUUGUUCUGUUUAUGGCGAUCAGAUACGUUUAAACGCAGAUCGGCUCGUAUUUAGUUAUUUCCCCUCUCUUUUCGCGCUUGGCCGUCCGGACGCGGAGUUUGCUCUGUGUCGCCCGUCGCCGUCCCCUGUCACCUGUUUUCCGGGGGGGUCUUCGGCGUUUUCCGGUGGCGCGGACUUCGGUGGACGCACGAGCCUUAACCCCGCGUGCUGUGAGCCGUUUUUGGUUAAUAUUCGUUUUGUUGUCAUUUUUUAAGCCUGUAUUGUGCGGAGAGGGCGAAUCUGGGCCUAGCAGAGUGACAGUCUCAAGGAAGCCGACACUCAGACGCCGACCGCCAGCCAUCGCCUUGCCUCGCUGACGCCGGAAAAAAAAACCCUUCCGGGGUUGAUCUUCAUCAGGCCGGACUGUGAGGGCAUCUCGGGCCGAUCCGUGAUGAAGGACGGCGCUGAGCGGCUGUAGAUCGAUCACGGGACCAGCUUUACCCACCGGGCCGUGACGGAGGUCUGCCGGGGGCGGCAGGGAAGCUCUUCAUCUUAGGGCUCGGACGGGCGGCCGGCGUCGGCUGGCCAGCGAUUUAGAUGUUAACAGAAAACAGGAAACGGCGGCGCAGCUGUGGCAGCGACGACAGCCAGACUCUACCACAGGCAAAGAGGUCAGGGGGGGCUCACCCCCUGUUCCCCGAGCUGGGUCACGAUGCCUGGGACUCUGAGUCGUGCAGCAGCGACAGCAGCGUGCUCAGCAGUCCGGAGCAGGCCAACGGUGGCACCAGCACCAACGUCGGAGGCACUAACACCCAGUGCCUGACGGACAACAGGGGGAGCCAAUCCACCCCUGGGCCCUGCAGCCCGGCCGGCCCGGCCCACCAUGCAGAGGAGCCGUCCGUGAGUCUGGGUCCCUACCUCCACAUCAAUCGCAUCCUGCGGGAGGCCCAUUUUGCCAGCCUGCAGACCCGUGGCCACCAGGGGGCCUCCUGACGAUCCCCCCGCCCGACACACACACCGUGCUGGAGAGGACCCGGCCUGGGCCUGAGUGUACCCGAACCUCACAUGACUUCCUGUGCUCAGCCUAACAACUUCCUGUUUUUCAGCUAAUUUAGUCUCUACAGCACUUACUGGGUUUGUUUUUUGUUUUGUUCCGCUUUCUUCUCCCAUGCGUGAGUGGGGAUUGUGCUCUCUGGUGUAGUAUCUCAACAUGGGUGCUAAUUCUAGGAAAAACAUUAAUGUGACCAUCUUUUGCAAUAAUAACAGAUACUGAAAUGUGUUUGGGCCGUUUUUUGCAUUUGUCAAGCAGGGUGAGAGGUUUGGUGUUGGGUUGGUGAGCUUUUCUGGACAGCCGACCCAAGUUUUGUUUGGUAGCUCUGGUGAGAAUGUGUCAGACAGCCAAAUGCUGAUAGGCCGAUGGGAAAGGAGUGGGUGGCCCUGAUAAGGAAGGGGUGGGGCCACUUUAAAACUCCACCCACUGGCUCUGCGUGUAAUAUUUCUCAUUUUAGUGACUUCUAGCCAAAGCUGUUUGCCUUUAGCUUAGAGUACUGUAUAGUGGUCAGCAGUUAAAAAUAAUAAUAAAAAACACUUCGGAUAUUAGGGUUCCACAUCAGCACAUGGAAGAAUAAGGUUUUGAGGACUUGGUGUGUGCUUUAAGCAUAUGCCCUGUGGGGGGCACUCUCGAGUAUCUGUGAGUGUGACAUGAAGGCAGACCCUGGUGGCUCUUUGCCUCUGUUCCGGUUCCUGUUUAGGGGGGAACAUUGCAAGGUGAGCCACGUGGGGCUGUUAUAUGUUUUCAGCUGGGAUUUGCACCAUACCCCCCCCCCCCCCCCCCCAUACUCAUAGCACCUCGGCCGUAAUGCUCCAGUAGAGGGCACUGUGGUGCUGACGCUGAAAGCUACCCCAACAAUACACCUCUCCCCAGUAGUGGAGUAGCAGAAGGACCCACAGUGCAGUGGGGCAGGCAGGGGUGUCUGUGGGAGGAUUGUAAACCUGUCGGCUGACUGGGGCAAUGGGGGUUGUCUGCCUGACCACACACACAAGACUUGUAGCACUCAUGCUGUUGAAUGCCAGUGGCCCAUGAUUGCACUGAAGUCCAACAGUCCCCCAGUAAUAGAAGCCGCCCAAAUGGGAUUAUAAGGGAGGCGUGGCUACUGCAAAUUGUACUGUGCAGAACCAUUGAUGCUAACAUUAACUGGAUGGGCUGCAACCAGCCAGGCAGGUAAGCAUUUGUCCAUCCAGCCGAUAUUCAGAUCAGCAUGUCUGCCCGCACACCAUUGAUAGAACCCUUAUCCCUUGACCAAUCCUAUUUCACAAGGUGCUCACACAGGCUCCGCCCCCUCCCCCAUCGGCACUCUGUGCUGGCCUUCCCUGUCACUGUGUUCUGUAUACUUGUGGGGGGGGGGGUUAAUAAAUUUGAAAAGCAGCAUUUGAUUAUUAUUCAUGUUUUGUAUUUACAAUUGUACAUUGCCUUUUGGCCUACAUUGAAGUUUAGGAUUUUUUUUAAAUCCAUCUCUUACAUUUGAAAAUAAAAUUUAAAUUUUUGGUUUUUAAAA